GUCACGUGCCCCGAAGGGGGCGAGGCCCCAAGCCCGUCCCGGAGCGGACAGAGUCCGGCGAAGUGGCUUCACAAGGAGCGAAAUCUUUCCAGGACGCAGGGGCUGAAAGCAGCCAGAACGCCUUGGGGAACCCAAGGCACCAGCGGCCAGGACCGGGCUGAGGCGUCUGCUGCCGACCUGGGGGACAGAGACCUUAAGGAGAAGUGGUCACCAAGCUUGGGGGUGAGCGCAGGAGCAACACCCGCGGCUUUUACGCAGACUCGGGGCUGUAUAUUCUGGGCCGGUGGUUGCAAGUGCCCUGUCAGCUCUGAGGGACCGGCCGAGGCUACUGUCCUUUAAGACGACCGGAGUCCUCAGCACCUGUCCAGGGCUCCAGGACGGGCUGUGGUCAUGGUGAUUGAAGGUUCCAACCAGCAGGAACACGAUGGCAGCCCCGCGCAGGAGUCCCCACUCGCGCGCGACCCCAGCCUCUCGACCCACGCCAGCGAGUCGACCCACCCCAGCGUGUCCAUCCAACCCAGCGUGUCCACCCACCCCGUCGUGUCCAUCCACCCCAUCGUGUCCAUCCACCCCAGUGUCUCUGCGCAUCCCAGCAGUUCCGCCCAACCGAGUGCUUUGGCUGAGCAGAUUGACCUGCCCCCCCAGUGUAGUACCGACGACCUCAGCGUGAUCAAGGUGAGCAAGCGCAGGUGGGUGAUCGUCCUGGUGUUUAGCUGUUACUCCCUGUGCAAUGCCUUCCAGUGGAUCCAGUACAGCUCCAUCAGCAACAUCUUCAUGCACUUCUAUGGAGUCCAAGCCUUCGACAUUGACUGGCUGUCCAUGUGCUACAUGCUGACCUACAUCCCUCUGCUCCUGCCGGUGGCCUGGCUGCUGGAGAAGUUUGGCCUGCGCACCAUUGCCCUCACCGGGUCUGCUCUCAACUGCCUGGGGGCCUGGGUGAAGUUGGGCAGCCUGAAGCCACAUCUCUUUCCAGUCACUAUGCUGGGCCAGGUCAUCUGCUCCGUGGCCCAGGUCUUCAUCCUGGGCAUGCCCUCCCGCAUCGCUUCUGUCUGGUUCGGGGCCAAUGAAGUUUCCACUGCUUGCUCUGUGGCUGUGUUUGGCAAUCAGCUUGGAAUUGCGAUUGGGUUCUUGGUCCCUCCUGUUUUGGUACCCAAUAUCAGUGACCGCGACAAGCUCGCCUACCACAUCAGCAUCAUGUUCUACAUAAUAGGAGGUGUGGCAACUCUGCUUUUCAUCCUUGUCAUCAUCGUCUUCAAGGAGAAGCCUAAACAUCCCCCCAGCCGAGCCCAGUCUCUGAGCUAUGCCUUGGCGACCACUGAUUCUUCAUACUUAAGUUCCUUUGUCCGGCUCUUCAAAAACCUGAACUUCGUGCUGCUUGUCAUCAGCUAUGGUCUGAACGCCGGUGCUUUUUAUGCCUUGUCUACUCUGCUGAAUCGCAUGGUGAUCUUGCACUACCCGGGGGAGGAAGUCAAUGCUGGAAGAAUCGGCCUGACCAUCAUCAUCGCUGGAAUGCUUGGGGCCAUGAUCUCGGGCAUCUGGCUGGACAGGUCCAAAACCUACAAGGAGACGACCCUGGUGGUCUACAUCAUGACUCUGGUGGGCAUGGUGGUGUACACGUUUACCUUGCAGCUGGGACAUCUAUGGGUGGUGUUCAUCACUGCUGGCACAAUGGGUUUCUUCAUGACCGGCUAUCUUCCCCUGGGAUUUGAGUUUGCUGUGGAACUGACAUACCCAGAAUCGGAAGGCAUGUCUUCUGGUCUCCUCAACGUGUCUGCCCAGGUAUUCGGGAUCAUCUUCACCAUCUCCCAGGGCCAGAUCAUUGACCACUAUGGAACCAUGUUUGGGAAUAUCUUCCUGUGUGUGUUCCUUACCCUUGGAACGUGCCUCACUGCAUUCAUUAGGGCAGAUCUCCGGAGGCAGAAAGCAAACAAUGAAAUGCCUGAGAAUAAGCUCCAGGAGGAAGAGGAGGAAGAGGAGGUAAUUAGCAACAACAGCAAGGUGCCCACUAUUGUUUCUGAGGAGCAUGUCUGAGGGAAGAAGCGGGUGGCCACUCAGGAACAGCACGCCUACCUCCUCAGUCAGCACCACUAGCACUGCCAGCCAAAGCUCUUCACCGGAGCAGCUUUUGGAGGGAACCAGCUGGGAUAUCUGGGGCCUGGAAGGCAGCGCCCAUGCCUCCUGGAACCCGCUGAGGAGCCUGCAUGGCUGUUUUGGGGAAACGGCACCUCUCACCAAAUCUGGGCCCGUUCCCGCCUCCCCUUCUAGGUUCCUGGAACUGGUGUUGGGAGAGGCGGGUGGAGGGGCGUGGAGCCCCUCCUGUUUGGUGCCUUCCUUCCCUCUGCUCCUCGGCCCCUCAUGGAGAAACCUGCAACAUUAUCAAGGAAAGAAAGCUUUUUCAGGAUAUUAACUUCUUCUAGUGCCUUCGGAUCCUUAGAUGCCCCUAUUCUAAGGAGCAGCAGCUGCUCUGGGGAGGGUCACUCUCGUCAGACUCACCAUUCAACUUCUGGUGAAGAGAAAGCGACAUCUGAACAAGCUCCAUCAGAACAAACCUGUGGGGACCCUGGGCCUCGAUUCUCCUGGCCCGAUGUUGGGGUCUGUUCCCAAACCCUCUUUCCUAAGAGCUGACCAAACCAAACAUCAAUAAACUUGACAAAACCUUUGUUGUGGCUGUGAAGGAGAAACCGAUUCUGGAGCGUCAGCCACCUAGGCGUGCGAGGGGCUGGGGACCCCCUUCUGAGUGAAGGCGUAUAUUUGGGGACUGGGGUAGCUUGACUGGAAACAGGAAGGUUCUUCUCUACAAAAGGAGACUUGUCCAGGCACUUCUGUGUGUGCCACAGUCCCCCGUGGCACCUUCCUCCGGGCAGUCCUCCAGGAUCUCAGUCAUUGGUCUCAGUGCCUCUGGAUGGAGGGGAAUCCCAGCCAACUCCUGUAAUCUUUCCUGAAAAUUAAUGUUGUUUCAUUCCACCCUGGCACAUCCAAAGCUGCUUCUGAGAGAUGAGAAGGAAAUGGGCAGAAGGAAGGGUGACCUCUGGAUUAGAAAUUACUUGAAUUAAAAGCCUCCCACCCCUGGUAGAGACAGUGUUUGCGCUGGAUCCUCCUGCCUUCUAGUGAUUAUCUGCCAGAUGUCCCUUUCACCACCUGAAGCUGACCUCCCCCUGCCUAGCCUGCUGCCUGGCUCUCCUUGGAGGCGUUUGUAGUGUCUCCUUAGAGGAAGACAUUUUGGUGACUUGUGUUGAGCGGCUGUGACCACCGCUCUGGUCUUGGCACAUCAGAGCAGCUGGCGCUGGCAACAAUGUUGGGGUGCUGGGUCAUGGCCCCUGAGGGGAGCGAGGCGGGGUGUGUGUCUGUGUGUAAUACCAGUUCACACUUCUGGAGAGGGGAGUGUAAGGGUGGAAGAGAAGUGGAGAGAGAAUCGGCCUCACUUCUUAAUAAGGAGGAAGGUGUUCGCUUAGCCCCUUCAAAUAUAUUAACGUUCACUGAAUCCAUUGCUGUAUUUUAAAAACAUAAUUUGUGUUUUCUAUUUGUGAUACCAGAUGUUUUAAAGCAAUAAGAGAGUCUCCAUGUGGUUGGCCUGGUCUUGGGUGGGGCAGGGAUGGUUUUUGGUAGGCCCUGAGGCUGACGUCUGGGAAGAGGACUGGGUGCUUCUCCGGCCUCCUGUUGACAUGUUACCACCCUAGUGGGUGAUGAUUAAAGACAAGGCUGUACAUUUGCUGUUGGUCUAUGUGGCAACUCAGGGCCAACACUUGACCCUGACCAUUUUUGGACUGUGUACACAUGAACAGUCCAUCCGUGUGACUACGGGUGACUGCAGCCACUGUUUUAUCUGGCUCUGUCCCCAAGGGUGGCUCAAGUUUGUUCUGCCAGUGUUCUAGCACACACCCGUUGCACUGGCAGUGUCCACAGGCUUGGCAUCUUCAAUUCUGUUACCGUUUUUCUUCUGUUGUACUUAUGGUUGACCCUUGAACAAGAAAGAUUUGAAUGGUGUGGGUCCACUUAUAAACGGAUUUAUUUUCAAUACAGCUGGCCCUCAGUAUCCCAAGGCUCUGCAUUUACCCAAACAACUGACACCCGCAGUUGUCUGGAUCCUCACAUGCAGGAUCAACUAUAAAGGACUUGAGCAUCUGCAAAUCUGGGUGCUGGCUGGGGGUUCAGACCAAUCCUCCAUGGAUGUAAGCGACAACUAGAGUUAAGUUUGGGGGACCCAAAAUGUGUACAUGAAUUUUUGACAGUGCUGGGUUUAGUGUCGCUAACUCCAUGUUAUUCAAGGAUAAGUUGUUUGGUGAUUCUCCCUUCUCAGCUGUGUUCACCUUAUGUCUGUUACUUGGAUAUGCUGCUGCUAUCAGUUUUCUGUACAUUUCCUCGCUAGAGUAGGGUGCCUUUCUGGCACUGCAUCUGACAGCAAUUCUUGGCUGGAGAGAGAGAGCAUUUUUUUUUUUAAGAUUUAUUUAUUUAUUUAUACAAGCACUGGGUACAGUCAGAAGUGUGGGAGGGUGAGAGAAUUCACCAGAGCCAGAACGGGGAACAGAACAGGCAGACUGACGAAGUACACUGCUGAGGGGAGCAGAGGGCACGGCAGGAGAUGUCUGCGCGCCAUGUGGGACACUCGCCGCCGGCAGUUGGGGGGUCAAACUGGUACUGCAGAGGCUGCGGGCAGCUUCACAGCCCAGUGCUCAACCGCUGUGCCACCCGGGAGGCCCGAGAGAUAGCAUUUCAAUUCUACUUUAAAUCAACUGGGAAGGUGGCCAAGCCUGGGCUGUUAAAUCCAGUAUUCAUACUUUGAUUCUUCUUCUGAAAUCACGUUUCUAUGAUGCCUGCUUGAAGGGUGCAGAACAUCUUAUUGGUCCGUUCACUCCUUUCCUAAGAGGUCUACACACAAAUAUUAACUCAUUACUUAACAAAUAGUUGGUGGGUAAGGGAGAGAUAGUUCAUACUGCCAAGCUAUCUUUCUAGAUUGUGGGGCUGGGACACCUAGAAUUGCGCAACGGCUUUUGGCACCAUACAGUUGAGUCCUAAAGCCCCUAAUGCUCUUAACUUCAAUUUGUGGGUCAAUGUUUGAUUAAACUAAAGGUUUUAUUCCUUUCAACCUGAAAGCCUUACGUGAUAAAGAAUUCCCAAUGCAGUAAAGCCUUUUAUCUGCCUCACAAGUUCCCUGCCUCCUUUUCUGACCUUUCGCUUCCUAACAUACUCAUACUGUAGUCACACUGGUCUUACUACUUGAACAAGACCUGUUCCCACCUUCCAGAUGGUGCUGUUCCUUCUGCCCUAAAUGCCUCCUAUCUGAAGACAUCAGAUGGCUGGGCAUACCAUUCUUCGCCCAAAACCUAUCUCAGAGAGGCCUUUGUGAUGAUCUGUUAUGCACAUGCCCCUGCCCCCUCUGGAUCUCACAACACCUGUUUUCUGAUCUGAGGGCUUCUUUUUCCCCUAUUGGCUUGUAGGUUGUUUCCUUGAAUACAAGGUUAGAGAGCAGGGCCUUUGCCUGCGUCAUCAUUUCUCUUUCUUACGUGUCUGGCAUGGUGUAAGAGCCCAAUCAGUUUUUGUUGAAAUAAUGGACUCUGGUAUCUACACGCCCUGUGUGAAGGCUGGACCAGCAUGAGCCCUCGGGCUUGUGUCUGGAGGGCAACUGUCCAUCUAGUGAAUGCACUAGGGUUUAGGGUUCUCCCCCUUCAUGGCCAAGCAGCUGCUUCUUUGAUGCUGCCUGAUUUUGUUUCCUGCCAGUUUUUUUCCUCAAGAAUCUGUUUCUUUCUUGGGAAGAAAACAAGGCUUUUGACUUUUCAGUGGUGAACUGAGGAGUCUUGAAGAUGGGGAAGGAGAGGAAGAAGUUUGGCUUCACGAGAAAUGAGCUAGCAACAGGAGCUGGAGUACCACAUGUACCUGGGUCAAGAGAGGCCCUACUUACUGACGGCCCUGGCCAGUUUGAAGGCUGCGACAUGCCCACGCCAGAGCUUGGCAGAGGCAGGUGUGCUCUCGGCUUAGCGGAGGUCAAAGAAUAAGGAUGGACCAGAGUAGAGGUUUUCCCCUUUAUUGCAAAAUUCACUAUGCAAAUACAGAAGUGUAAAAAGAGUCCAGACUUCCAUCCCGGACCCAUCUGUACACAUAAGGAGACCAGCCAUGGCCACUCUCAGGGGGCCCUUGCUGGAAGAACUGCCUGGUCUUGGUAGGCUCAGCUCCAGGUCUAGAAGCAGCUAGCUGGCAUGGAUGGACCAGCCCUGGAAGCAGCCCUUGGUGGCAGCUGCCCUCGGUGAGGCAACACCUUUAAGCUUCAUAGUUCUGGGCUUCCCACCACACAUGUCAAAGCAAGAUGAAAAUAAAAGGAAGACAGUGAAGACCAGAAACGGGGCCUUAGAAGAGGCUGCAGGUGGGGGAGCAGCACAGAGUGGUGAUGUUGGUCUGGAGAGGUGUUCAGAGAGCGGGGUGCCUGGGUUAACUCAGAAAGUUUCACCGGAGCUCCCCGUUCAGUGGCACAUGGGGAGUUCCUCCACAAGACAGAGGCGUUUAGAUAUAUUUAAAACAAAAAACAAAACAAAACAAAACAAAACCUAGGUUUAUUUGUAGAAAAGGAGAGAAGAGUCAAGGACACUUGCGUAAUGUCCUAGGCAUUUGGAGCUGCAUUUGGAGGGGGCAGCCAUGUGUUUUUAUCAUCCUCUUUCAGUGGGGAGGGGCUCAUGUCUGUGCAGUAGUUCACUUUUGUUUAACUAGGCAGAAUCUGAAAGGACGAUUCUCUAAUGGUCCUCAACCUCUGUAUAGUUUACAGCAGUUUGAUACCUGCUGUCAGUUGGUGCUUUAAGGAGUUUAUCAGUUGGUGCUUAGGUGGAUGGCUUUGGGAUUUCAGAAGCUUGUUAUCAGUUAGCAAUUAAGGCAUUUCUUUACUUGGUUCUACUCAGUGGAUUUCAAAGGACAAAGACUUUCAAUUUCCAUAUCCCUUUUCCCCAUCUGUGCUCCCGACUUCAUACUUGAGGAAUUUGUGUAUUUGGUUUGGCCAGGUAGAAUGGAAAGGACCUGAGAUUUUUACAAAGGUCCUUAAUUUCCACAUUCCUCUCCCAAUCUGUGGUCUGGAUCUUUUUAUACCUGGUUUACCAACUAUAGUCAUCGCUUUUAUCCCCACCUCCAACUUUUGGCCUUGUGCGAGCCAGUUUCUGCUCUGUACUGCCUCCUUUCCCAGUUUUCUACUCUUGGCCUCCAUCAGGGGGUUUCUGAGGUGCUGGCAAUAUCCUGAUCUGGAUAGAGGUGCACAGUUUCCAUUUUAAGAUGAUUCUUUAUAUUGUACAGAUGUGUUACAUGCUUUUCUGUAUGCAAGUAUCUUAAAAAUAUUUUUAAUGUAAAAAAACCCAAAAUGUUAAAGGCUCGAAGGGAAUAAAGGGGCUGAUGAUGGGACAGAAAAGAAGACAUUUAAGAGGAGAGAGGAUGAGAGAAGAGGACAGCGAGGGUGGAGAUGAAGUCUUGGAGGUGGUAAUGCUGAUCUCAGUUCCUCUUCUUUGGUAUGGAUACUGGGUCCUCCUCGAGGUACCUGAGCCCAGCUAGCAUAGCCAGGAUCGAGAGACCUUGAAUAGAGACAAAAGAUUAGCGGCUGGCGUAAACACAGUACUCUCUCCCACAUGCCUGCUCUCCCGUGCUGGCUGGAGGGUUGGGCAUUUCAUGUGGGAGGUCCAGGUGGUUAGAUGCUUACUUGCCACAAACAUGGGUGCCAGGACACCAAUCGUGAGAGCCGCCGUCCUAUAUAUGAACAGCUCAGAAAGGAAAUGUCCCAGGGCGAUGAGGAAGGUCCAGAGUGUAAUGUAGUAGAGCCUAGAAGGGAGCAGACAGAAAUAAGAACUGAAGGCACUAUUUGUUCAGUGCUGAGGAAAAGUGGUGGCUAAAUGUGAUAUAUACAAUAAAACUCCAGGAAGGGACUUUGACUAAAGAAAAAGGAGGCUUGGUCUUGAGAAAGAGCUGGUUAUUUGAUCACACUCAUUUAUUCCCUGCUAGGGCAAAAAUGAAAGUUUCAACUGCUAACUUGAGCCGAGAAUGGCACAGGCAUCCCAGGUGGCUCUCCAAGUGUUAGCAAGGUAGUGGAAUAAGCUAGAGCAGCUCAGAGUCUUGAUGAUGGCAACUUUAGGCAGUGUAGGCUGCAAAUUCUACCUAUUUUGGCUUGGUCCUACAAUCCCAGUCUGCCGUGCAGGGGGGUCGUGGACCACGCUCACAGGGUGGCUGCCACAAGUGACGGGUCUGAACAGGGAUGGAGCAGCAAGCGCUUCUCUGUGGCUUUCAAAUUUCUUGCAAUAUGGGCUGACUCUUGUGUUUUAGCCUAGAAAAACAUCACACAGGGUCCUCAUGGAAAGAGAAAGUCCUCUGUUUUGACAAUGAGGCAGAGGAAAAAAAACAAGUUACAGGAUGACAGGUCACUUGGAUUGCUGAUAUCUUUGUGCAUUUUUUUUACUAUGAAAUUUUUUUAAAUUAUGCAAUGUUUCACACAUACACAAAAUUAUAAAUAGAAGACUAUCAUUAACCUCUCUGAAACUAAUACCCUGCUUCAUCAGAUCUGAACAUUUUCACAUUUUGGCUACAGAUAUUUUUAUUCUAAGAAAGAAAACGUUUACAGAUGUCAGUGAAAGCAUCCUGGAUAGCCUUAUCCCAUGCCAUUCCCAUUCUCCUGCUUCCCCCUCUCCAGAAGGAAUCGUUACCUUAAAUACGAUUUUCCUCAUUCCUGUACAUGUUUUUAUGCACUUAAUAAAUACAUACGUAGAGGAGUGGAUUCUGAGCGUCCAGCUGGGAAGGGACUAGAAUCAGAUGCACAUUCUAAGUGCAUGGACCAAAGUCCCAGGCUACAAAAAGGCUGGAAACAGCAGUCAGCGUGGGUCACUGUGGUGUGUCAGGAGGAGGGGAAGUCAAUGGGCAGCACAGGUGGAGACAAGUCUGAGCUGUUCACUCCAGAAGCAUAGCAAGCAAGACAUGCCAUACCUCUGAUACCCAGCGGCAAUUCUCCAUCAUGGGCAAGGUCUAUACAAUGAUGAUUCAAUCCCUCCUCCCUCAGUCCUCCUGAGGGAGAACAGACACACUGCUCUCUUUUGACAGAUGAAGAGCAGAUAUAUAAUGAACUUGUUGCUACAAAGCUAGUUACCCAAUGAAUUGAGACCGGAGCCCCUUUUCUUGUUUUCAUUCUCGGCCCCAGGCUGUUUUCAUUAAACCACACUGCUUCCAAAAAUACUUGUCAAUCUAGAACAAGUAACUUAAAACUGUAAAAAAAAAAAAAACCUUUAAAAAAAUAAUGAAAAGUUGGAGAGGGGCAGCAGGGAAGGUAGCCCUGCUUCAAGUCCCAUUUUCCCACUUGAGUAAGUUUAAAUUAAUUGGGUCUUUAAUAUGUAGAUCUAAAAAUCAGGAAUGAAAGUCACCAUCACCCAGGGCUGCUAAGAGACUUAAUCAAGGUCAUAUAGAUGAAGGCUUCUGGCAUAAGAGAGGCUCGAUAAAUAUCACAAUCACAACCUCCUCUUUUCCCCAAAUACUGAAAACUUGGAUAAGAUGGAGAAAUAUUUUAGAGUGAAGUUGGCAUUUUGGUGGCCUCAUCCACGGACUUCAGCUAAUGCUGCACCUCUUGAACAGAUUGUGGUGAUGACUAUAGUUGGAAAGAGGGCGCCCCGCAGUGGCAAGAAUCAGUUAGUUACUCAGUUACAACACCAUCUACACUAGAGACUGCUGGCGUACCCUGGAGAGGCAGACCACAGUGCAGCCCCGGGUUCUCUUCCACCCUCACCUAAGGACUCUGUAUAAGCAUAUGGCAGUUUACUUGUGGGUUCCUUUUUUUCCAUGGAUUGUAAUUUUUGUUCAUUCCUGUUUCUGAAGGAGGAAUGUGAGGAUAAGGUAAGUGUGGGUGGUUGCUCUAAAAAGAGCACACUAUUUCUUGAGUAGGAGAAAGGGUGAUUCUUUAGUAAAGAUGGAGGCAUCUGGACAAUGUCACUGCCAACCAGCUAUUCAGUUCCAAAGGAUUUUGACACUUUAAAGGUCAGGACUAUCAUGUUUUUUAGGCCUGGAAGAAAUGGAACCUAUUAACCUGUAAUCAUCUAUAGUCUAGGCUGAUAUAUCAAAAUUAACAGGUCUCUAAGGAGAGGACAACAGCAGGUAUGCCUAACACCCGAUUUCCAACAAAAGGAGGCUAAAGCUCUCCCUUGACGUACGGCUUGUUGUGGAUGUACAUGGCACAGAGGCAGCGAACCACUGAUGAGAGCAGCGUCCAGAUCCCGAAGGUCCGAGCGUGGAGGCCAUUCACUGUGAGCAGAAAAGAGCAUGCGUGUUUGUAAGGAAAAUGGAAUUCCUCAGGCUCUUUGCCGCCUUCUGCCUCUGGGGCUGGCACCGGCAGCCUUCCUUUCCUCCCAGGUUUCAUUGCCUACAUGUGAUAUCAUGUUGGUGCAAAAAGCACUUGAGAACGUGAGCAGGGGGCCUGCAGACACCAGGGGUUGAGAAGUGUGAGCAGAGGGCAUGUGCACCUAUGAUUAUGGACACCUUGGGUGAGAGGCUGGGAAGCCUGGGGUGCGUUUACCUAAAAGUAGGGAGAGAUUAUUACGAGAUUGAGAGAGAGAGAGACCAAGAGAACACUAGAGAGAAGUAAGAGGGAGAGCACACUAGUGCUUGUGGAAAUUGGAGAGGGGUAUGGGGGGGUUCACUUGCUGCCUGCCUGCCUGUCUCCCUACCUGCCAGUUUGCCUGCAUACCUGGUUCCCUGCUUCAGCAUUAAAGGCCUGUCAUAUCUACUGAGGGCCCAAGAUUCCUUUAUAUGUCUUCCCGAAUCAAUUCCUUUAGUUAUCUGCCUGGCCUGGGAUGGUGGCACUACAGUGUUGACAAGGCGAGGGCUGGGGUUCCCUUCAAGCCGCCCCUACCUCCCUGGUGGUUCAUGAGAGGCAGGACUGAGUUGAACUCCCUUAGGCUGGGCAGAGUGGAAGUUCUGGUACUGCAUCUGGGAACUAGAAGGAAUGGAAGGAAUUCCUGAAUGAGAACGGCUCAGCUGCUCUUCAAAUAUCUAUAGUUUGAUGGGGGAGUUCCAAGAUUUGAAAUCCAACAAAGAGCCCACUUAGGCGGUACUACAAGUAGUAGUUUACACCUUUGCCUCUGGAAGCCACUCUGGUUCUGGGGAAGCCCAUGAGUCUGGAUCAGGACAGAUUUGGGAGGAUGUUGGGGAAUCUUGCAGAGGGAUCUGUCACAACCAGAUGCCUAGGAGGUCAGUAGACUUUCAAGGUUGAGGCAGGAGAGAACUCAAAUUCUGGGAGACCUGAGUGCUUGAGUCUUCCCCUGAAUCCAGGUCUGUAGUGAACAAAGCUGGAAACAGGCUGGUCUCCUGUGCACAUGGUAGUGGAACAAAGCACUGGUAUUUGGUAUUUACCAGGACCACUCUGCUUGUGGUGACUUCGUUCUCACACUGCUGUAUUAACUAUGUUGCCUGAGCGCCUGGAUCAUAUUUUGUCAUGGCUGUGGUCCUUACCUUGGCAUCUAUUAAAAUCAAUUGAAGAAGUUUAAUACAAUUCCCAAGAUCUGGGUACCAGACCAAUGAAAUCAGGCUCUUGGGAGGUUAUUUUCUAAAAACUUCUUCUCUAGGUGAUUUUAAUGUAUAGUCAUUGAUCAAGGCAACCAGUGGCUGGAACUGAGAAAACAGUGAGAGCAGAGAUGCUGGUCUAUUAAGCACGAGAAAUUUCAGGAGACAAUACAGACAGGCUUUCACCUAUUUUAAUAUUUUCUUGGACUUUAAGGAUUUUCCAGCUCAUGGAAACCAAUCACUGAUACCUGAAUAUCUUUCCAAGGCAGUGAGAAGAAAUUCCAUAUGUCAAACUGAUAUCUAGCUGGGUUUCACUCUUUACAAACCAAUUUGAUAGUGCUUCUGAUGAAAAACCUGAGGCAAUUUCUCAGGUCAGUGAGAUAUGAAAGUGGACUAUUUCACCUACCCUAACCAGAACAGGUACAACUGUACAGGAUGCUCCGAUGCUCCAGGGCACCCCAGAUCCUGUGGGAGGAGCCUGACUCUAGUUCUGAGCUAGAGACUGACUAAGAGACACGCACAGACAGACACACAUACAGUUCUUCUGACAACUCAAUGCCCUUCACCAAGUCUUAUGACCCCUUGGGGUCUUGGUCUCAACUUUAAAUUCAAAAGGGCCACAGCAGGUAACCUCUAAAAACCUGUGAAUCUAUAGAGGGUUCCUGAACACUCUGAGGGCAGCAUUUGAAGGUGAAAAAGUAGAACGACCUGCCACUUUUCCCAGGUUCUUUACUCUGCUUAUUUGAACUUUGCUCAAAAUGAGUCUUAGCCUACUUAGUUAUAUUUUAUACACAUAUAUUGCAGAAAAAUGAGCUAGGUCAGAGCCUGAAUCUGGGUCAGCUAUAAAUGUGACAGAAUUGUCGGUGGCUGUGAAAUGGUGCUGCAGCUCAGUGGAGCUGUGCAUCAAGGCAGGGAGGCACAGGCUGGGACGUGAACACUGUCAGCAGAGAGGCUCGGGGAAGUUGGGAAAAGACUCUGGGCCUUCUGAAAUUUCAUUUUGAGAGCUAACUUGGAGGAAAUUUUGGAUAAUUUUCAGGAACUCUGUCAUGGUUUGAGAAGACCUUGGGUUAGUAACUUUCCAUUGGCAACAUGGACUAUAAACCAUGAGUGCCAUGGCCUGAUUUCUGAAGAGGGUGGAGAUAAUCGGAAAGCUUCUUUCUGGCUUUCUAGUAGAGCACCACAGAAUCACCAAGUCAUUCUAUUUCUUACUUGACCUGGUAAUGCCUCUUCUAUAGUCUAACUGCCUAUGGCAGUGUAAGAUGAAUGAGGUAUUCAGAGGAACUUGGUGGGGAAAAAGGGGCCAGUGUUAUCCAUGAAGUCUGUUACUCCAGGGGCUGCCAAAAGGUAGAUGGGGCAGUAGUAGAAUCACCUAGAAAGUUCAAAAAAAUGUCCCGGCCCAAUCCUGAAGUGAAGUUUCAAUAAAUUGGCUUGGAAAGGGAGAUGGCACUGUUUUUUGAUUGCUGAAGAUUUGUAGGUUAUUCUGAUGUACAGCUUGGACUGGAAACCACAACUCUGGCCACUCCCACCAAGGAUGCAGUUACUAGGUUUCUUACCAAGGUCCGGCUUGCCAGUGUAGAGUUUUUCAUAGAGGAAGGUGUGGUCUCGGAAGCACUGCAGCGAGGUCCCCAUGGCCACGAUGGACGUCAUAAACAGCCAGCUUCGUAACACAUUCCAGAAACAGCCCAUGGCUUCCCUUAAACUGGGAAGGAUUUUGCCUUGGAAAGGAAAACAAAGGACAUGAGACAACAGACUAGUCUGUGUCAGCCAUAAACUUUCACCUCUAUGCUUGAUCUGUACCCUACUCAUGAGAGAGGUACUAAGUGUCUUUUGUCAAUCAUAUCAUCAAUUCCUGUCCAAGUUCCCUAUGUUCAUCUACCCCUGGUUAUUGCAACACUUCUCUGAAUUCACAGGGUUGGCAUACCGAGUGUUUGCUCUACCUAAAGUGAUCUGACCUUUACUCAGAGUGGAAAAGGCUAAAUAACAUAGUGGGUGGAAGUGACACAUGUGGCAGGAAAGUAACUGCACAAAUAUUCCAAUAAACUAAUAAAAUGGAUGUGUAAGGGUUACAGAAAUGUAGUAUAUAAACAGUGGUAAAUCAAUGAUAUUUUGCAUUAAGUGGCAUAGGACUUACCUUUGUCUAAGUGAUAUUUCUAAAAUAUUAUCUAAGUCAGAACUCCUUUCUCUUGGCUAGAAUCAGUCCUAUCUUUACUUCUAGCCUGAUUUUUCAAGUCAUUCCUUUGUAAUGAAACAGCUGAAAGGAGAUGACAGAUCUACUAACUGACACCUGGCUGCCUAUCAGUGAGCGGUCCUGCUGAGUCCUUAGAAGCCUUAUAUGUAUAGGUGGAGCCUAUGGUGUAAGGGCAACAUUUACGCUUCAGGUUUCUCUACUUUGUUUCUCAGGUACACCAUUACCUAUAAACCCCAAGAACAAUCAAAAAGUGAAAAAUAAAGUGUUAUGAUUUAAGAACUAAUAAGAAAAGCAUAUGGAGAAGGAAACAGCAAUCUUGGUACUGAGGCACAAGAGAAACUAUAAUAGUUAAGAGCUAGUGGGGGCUUGCCAUUGCCAUGCCCCUAGCUUAGAUAAUCUCAUUUAACCCUUAUGCAGGGUAGGAAGGCAAUAGGCUUAUUUUCAUUUUACAGAUGAAAGUUGGUACAGAGAGGUUAAGUGACUGACUUGAUGUCACAUAUGGCAGAGCUUGAAAUACAAAGCAUAGUCUGUUGAACACUACAUCCUGUUUGAGAAUAUUUUCAUGAAGUUUCCAUUUUUGAGGAAGACAAGCAUACUUUAUCCAUUUCUAUCUUCAAGGUGUGUAGGAAAUAAGGUUAUGCAUUUUUUUUUUUUAAAUAAAAAGCUUAGCUCAAUCCUUGCUGAGCAGUGAUUGCAACCUGCUUGACUUAAAUAAAACCCACAUAACUAUUAAAUUAAAAAAAAUCUAUGGCCUCCCUGGUGGCGCAGCGGGUUGAACGCAGUGCUGUGAAGCUGUCCGCAGCCUCUGCAGUGCUGGUUGGAUUCCUGGCUGGCCAGGGUGAUUCCCAUAUGGCGUGGCAGACCUCUCCUGUUGCGCCCAAUGUUCCCCUCAGCAGUGUAUUUUGGUCAUCUGCCUGUUCUGCUCACCACUCUGUCUCUGGUGAAUUCUCUCACCCUCUUGUGCCUUUGGCCUGUACC